CAGCCGAUUAUUUUGAUUCCUCAUCAGCUAACGGAAACUUCUGCUUUGCCAGAAGAUUAAACACACGGAUGCUUGGUGAUAAAACAAUCUUAGCCGUCGACAAACCGGUUGGUUCUCUACGCUGGAGUCUCUGUGAGGAUGUCCUCAUCUGAAAAUGCAGCGUCACAUGAAGCCGGUGAAGCUUCACCCCCCACAUCAGAGCCUGAUGAAUCCCUCAGGAUUGUCCUGUUGGGGAGGACGGGAUCAGGCAGGAGCUCUACAGGUAACACCAUCCUGGGUCGGUCAGCCUUCUGGGUGGAUGCCUCCCCCUGCUCCGUCACCCAGCAGUGCCAGAGACAAACUGGGACUGUGGACGGGCGGAGGAUCUCUGUGAUCGACACCCCGGGGUUCUUCAAUACACACCUGUCCCAUCAGGAGGUGAUGGCAGAGGUGGGACGCUGCGUCCUCAUGUCUUCCCCGGGACCUCACGUCUUCUUGGUGACGCUGCAGCUGGGCAGGUUCACGUCCGAGGAGAGGGACGCCUUAGAGUGGAUCAGAGCUACAUUUGGAGCGGGCGCCACCCGGUUUAUGAUGGUGUUGUUCACCUGGGGAGGCAGACUAGGAGGUAAACCCGUCCAGGACUUUGUGGACAUGAGCCCUGAGCUGUCGGAGUUUGUCAGCAGCUGUCAUGGAGGAUAUCACGUCUUUGAUAACCGCGACCAGGACAGAACCUCAGAGCAGAUCAAACCGCUCCUGGAGAAGAUAGCCAAGCUGGUGGAGAGAAACGAAGGAGGCUGCUACACUGACAACAUGUACAAGGAGGCUGAGACAGCCAUCAAGGAUGUGCAGCAGAGGAUUCUGGGAGAAAUAGAACACAAGGCGGAGUCACCACAGAGGGAAUGUGGAGACAAAGCGACGCAAGAGAGGAGGAAGGAGGAAGAGGAGGAGAGGAAGAGGGCUGAGAGGCUUUUCUGGUGUGAGCUGGUGACGGCGCUGGGGAAAGGUGCGGCGGAGGGGGCGGGGAUCGUGGUGAAAGACAAAGGGAAAGGGAAAGCUGUGAAGAAGUCGAAGGUGGUGGAGAAGGCAGCCGCUCUGGCAGCGUCACCGCUCUCUGUCAGCACGGCCGCUAAGGCGGUGGGCGGAGCUGUGAGAGAGGGCAGCAAGGUGUUGUUCAAACACAGAAAAACAUUCCUUCCCCGAGGAACACUGGACUGACUGAAAUACACUCAGCUGUUUGAUUUUUCUCUGUGCAUCACGUCAGAUCCUAGCAUCAGCUCCUGCACGGUCGAGCCUCAUUCACCGAUCAGUCCUGAGAAGACACUUAAACCCUCUUACACGGUCUUAAAGAUAUUCACCAAAGUUUUCUUGACUGAGAACAAAAUCUAAGAACACUCUAGAGCACCCUAAAGAACAUUUAAGUGCUGGAAUGACAGGAUAAAACAUUGAAUUUUGCACUCAUCAACCACUGCCACUGCCACUCUUGCCACUCUCUAAACCCUUUUCAUCACUUUAUCUGGCCUUUUUUGUAACAUCUCCAUUUUUUGAAUAUUUACUAAUGAUGAUGCAGAUGGCCUAGAGCACAGGUGUCAA